AUGUCCACUGAUGUUGAAUCAAAUAAAGAGAAGAAUGAUUUAUUAAUCCAAAAAGUUGAAUCAUUAAAUUCAAAUCAAGCUCAUGUUGAUGAAAAAGAUGCUGAUGCUACUUUAAAAUUCUUGGAACAAUAUGGUGAUAAAGUAACUGAAGAUAUUACACCAACAAUAGAGAAAAAAAUUAGAAGAAAAUUAUACAUUUGGUUAGUACCAUUAUUGAUGACUAUAAAUACAAUGUUAUUCUUGGAUAAAUCUGUCUUAUCUUAUGGUAUUUUAUUAGGACUUUUCGAAUCAACAGGUAUAAGUCAUAAACAAUAUAAUGAUUUAAAUUCAAUUUUUUAUGCUGGUUAUUUUUUUGGUCAAAUUCCAUUACAUUUUUUUUUACAAAAAUUUAAUUUUGCUAAAUUUGUUUCAUUAAUUUUAUUUUCUUGGGCUAUAUUAAUUUUUCUUACUGCUACUGCAAAUAAUUAUGGUGGAUUAAUUGUAUUAAGAUUUCUUUUGGGGUUUUUUGAAAGUAUUGUUAUACCAGCUAUUGAAAUUACAUUAUUACAGUUUUUUACUCCAAAGGAACGUGCAAGUAUAAAUCCAUUAUUUUGGAUUAGUUCUCAAGGUCCAACUGAAAUUCUUGGUGGGUUUAUUUCAUAUGGUUUAUUACAUUUGAAAAAUCCAGUCACACCACCAUGGAAAUUAUUUAUGGUUAUUGUUGGUGGUUUAACAUUAUUAAAUGCAACUUGGUCUUUUUUCAUAUAUCCAAGUAAUCCAUCAGAUGCUAAAUUUUUAACUAUUGAAGAAAGAGUUCAUUUAAUUAGAAAAAUUCAACAUGCUACACAUUCAUCAAUUGAACAGAAGACAAUAAAGAAACAUCAAAUUAUUGAAACUAUUAAAGAUCCAUUAACUUGGUUAUUUACUUCUUUUGGUCUUUUAAGUAUGAUUCAUAAUAAUAUUAUGUUUCAAGCAAAUAUCUUAUAUGAAGCUAUUGGUGUGGAAAGAUUAGGUAUAACUCUUAUAGGUGUUGUUGGUGGUUGUUUCGGUUCUGUUUAUUUAUUAUCUGGUGUUUUCUUAAUUCGUUUCUUAAAAGAAGGUCAAUUAAUUGCAAUUUUAUAUGCUGGUAUUCCAGCUCUUGCAGCUUCUUUAGGGAUGGUUUUGAUACCAUGGGAUAAAUCAAUUCCAUUGAUUGCAAUGUUAUUAUUAACUCGUACUUUCGCUUUGGCAUUUAUUGUUGUUGUUGGAUGGUCAACUUCAUCAGCUUCAGGUUAUACUAAGAAAUUUUAUAGAAAUAUCUUUUUCAUGUUUGGUUAUUGUGUUGCAAAUGUUAUUUCACCACAAAUUUGGACAGAAGGUAAAGGAAAUGAAUCACCAAGAUAUUAUACUGCAUGGAGUAUUCAAAUUGUUAUUUCAUUCUUCAUACCACUUGUUAUUGCAGUUAUAAUUCAUGUUAUUUUGAAAAAACGUAAUAAUGAAAGAUUGAAAUAUAUUGAAGAAAAUCCUGAUGCUCAAUAUGGUCAGGUUGUUGUUACUGAUCCUAAUACAGGUGAACAAGUUAUUGAAAAAGUUGAAAUUGCUAAUUUGGAUUUAACAGAUUUAGAAAAUAAGACUUUUAUAUAUCCAUUAUAG